UUUGUUUUCUCAAAAUUCUACUGUUCAAAAUAAAUUAUUACUUAUUUUUGUACUGCGGAAACUAUAAUAUAAUGUUAUUUGUAUAAGGUCACUGUGUAAGAGUAUACGUAGAUUGAAUUAGAUAACGGGAAAACAAAAGAAUCUAUUUUUAAAAUUAAAAAAAAAAAAUUUAAGAAAAAGGAAAUAGAGGAUGGCCCUUCCUUCGGGUGGUGAUAGCGUGCUCCAGUUACGGCGAGCAACAUGGUUUCCCGCUAGUGCGAGAGGAAAUAGCACUUUCCUAUCACUCAUUCGUCUAAGCCAGAAGCGAUUCUGAAGCUUGAAAAAGUGAAGGAAAUCGCAACAGUGAGGUCUACAUUUUGAUCUAAAAAAACUGCAUGUUUCUUUUUCUCGUGCUUGAAGUAUUAGGGAGAUGAUAGAUUGCAAUUAUUGCAUCCACAUUUCAGUUCAAUUCACGCCUUAGUAUCUAUUGGUUUUAAAUGAUGGAAGAAAGAACCUCGAUCUUGUCACCUACUUGUAGACACACAGCAGCUUCUCUCUUCGCUCUAGCACUUCACCACUCUCAGAUUCGUCUAACAAAGGCUGCUUCUCUCGACUCUGAAGCUCAUGACCCAGAAGUCUGGUUUAACCAGAACUCUCAUUUGCUCGACCCAAUUUUCAGGUUCCUUGAAGUGGAUGAAGACUCCUGGCAAGGCAUAAAGGAAACUGCCUGUUCCUCUUCUCAAUUCAGACAUCACCUUGGAUCUUUGUUGACAUUGCUGUCAGAGGAAGGUGGUGAAUCAAAGAAAGAAGCUGAGUUGACCAAAGCUGUUGAUGCCUCGGCUUUGAGCUUGAAUGAUACUUCUACUACCCAUUGUUCAAGUGGGCAGAAAACUGGGAGCCAGGAUGAUAUGUGUGACAGCAUGGAGAGCUCAGCUAUGCUGUCUGAAAAGAAAAAAGCUUCUGGUACACUAGAAAUCGCAACGUUUGAACAAUCUUUAGAGGAGGCAACCCUUAUUGGUUACCAGAAGAAAGUGACAGUUCUGUACACACUAGUUGCGGCUUGUGUGGCAGACACUGACAAGUCGAGGCAGGGCUACGAUGCUCGUCACCGUGUGGCUCUGCGGUUGCUUUCUGUAUGGCUUGGUGUCGAAUGGAUUGAAAUGGAAGCAAUGGAGGCUAUGGUUGCUCUUUCUAUAAUAAAUUCAGCGAGUAAAGAAGGUGCUAAGGAAGAAGAAUCUGUAGGUUCAGAAACUAACCUGGAUAAAUGGAAGCGUGGAAGUAUCAUAGGAGCAGCUGCUGUAACUGGAGGAGCCUUAAUGGCUGUAACUGGAGGCUUGGCUGCCCCGGCAAUUGCUCAUGGAUUGGGUGCUUUGGCUCCUGCGCUAGGAGGUCUUGUUCCUGCCAUCGGAGCUAGUGGAUUUGCAGCUGCCGCAACUGCUACAGGAUCUGCUGCUGGAUCUGUGGCUGUGGCUGCAUCAUUUGGAGCUGCUGGAGCUAGCCUUACUGGUAGUAAGAUGGCAACAAGAAUUGGAAGUCUAGAUGAAUUUGAGUUAAAAAGUGUCGGAGGCACUAAUCAAGGACACCUAGCAGUUAGAAUCUCCAUUUCUGGGCAAGUAUUUAAGGAGAAAGAUUUCGUAGAACCUUGGGAAGGUCUCAAUGAUAACAUGGAGAGGUACGUGCUCCAAUAUGAGUCUAAACAUUUGAUUGCACUGAGCACAGCCGUCCGGGACUGGCUUACUUCACAGGUUGCGAUUCGGUUGAUGAAAGAUGGUGCCAUGAUGACAGUAUUAAGCUCACUAGUUACAGCACUAGCAUGGCCAACAGCUUUACUUACCACAUUUGAUAUUAUUGACAGCAAAUGGGCAAUUGCAGUGGACAGAUCAGACAAGGCUGGUAAGGUGCUUUCUGAAGUGCUGUUGGCAGGCUUGCAAGGAAACAGGCCUGUGACACUAGUAGGUUUUUCAUUGGGAGCCCGCGUUAUUUUCAAAUGUCUUCAAUUUUUGGCUCACUCCGAAGGAGACAAUGCUGGAAUAGUGGAAAGGGUUGUUUUGCUUGGAUCACCCAUCUCAAUUUCGGACGAAAGCUGGGAGAAGGCUAGAAAGAUGGUGGCCGGAAGGUUUGUGAAUGCAUACUCUUCCAAUGACUGGACGUUAGGUGUAACUUUCCGUGCCAAUUUACUCUCUAAAGGAUUAGCUGGAAUCCAAUCUGUUGACAUUCAUGGCAUUGAGAAUGUCGAUGUGACACAUCUUAUAGAAGGCCACUCUUCCUACCUUCAGAUGACACAGAAAAUACUGGAGGAACUUCAAUUGGACAAUUGUUGUGCUGUUUUCAGAAUGUGACAUCUUAUAGAAGGCUUAAUAUGCUUUAUCUAUUAUGGAAAAACUUCUUUUAACAACACUUUUUUAACAACUUUUUGACAACGCAUACGUGACAGUUUGUGAU